AUGACGGGGGCGGCGGCGGCGGCGCGGGGCCUGGCGGAGGCCGUCUGCGCCGCCGCCGGCCGCGGCUGCUUCCGCGAGGCCCUCUCCCUCUACGCCGCCCUCCACCGUAGCGCCGCCGCCGUCUCCGGCGGCGGGUGGGAGACCUUCGCCGCCACCGCCGCCCUGAAGGCCUGCGCCCGCCUCCCCCACCUGCGCGGCGGCGCCGCCAUCCACGCGCAAGCCCGCAAGCUCGGCUUUGCCCCCUCCGACGUCUACGUCCACACGGCCCUCGUCGAUCUCUACGCCAAAACCGGCGGCGCCACCCACGCCCGGAAGCUGUUCGACGAAAUGCCCGCCCCAAACACCGUAACCUGGAAUUCCCUCCUCUCCGCCCACGUCAACUCUGGCUGCCUCGCCGCCGCCUGCGAGGUCUUCUUCGCAAUGCCAGCGAGAGACGCCGUCUCGUGGAACGCGAUGAUCUCGGGCCACGCCAAAGCUGGAGACAUGGCCGCCGCCGCGGCCCUGUUCCAGAGGAUGCCGGAGAAGAACGCCGAGUCGUGGAAUGCGCUGAUCAGCGGCCUUGCCGCCUGUGGGGACAUGCCGUCGGCGAGGAAACUGUUCGACGAAAUGCCGCAGAGGAGCCAAGUCUCGUGGAUCGCCAUGAUCGGCGGCUACACAAGGCAGGGGGACGUGAUUGCCGCAGAGCACCUGUUCGACGAAAUGCCGCGCAGGAGCACGCCCGCGUGGAACGCGAUGGUGGCGUGCUACGCGCAGAACGGGCGCCCGCGGGAGGCGCUGCUGCUGUUCUUGAGAAUGCAGAAGACCCACGUCGGCGGCGGAGCGGAAGCCCAGCCGGACGGGAAGACCUUCUCGAGUCUACUUUCCGCCUGCGCGCAGCUGGGGGAGCUCCGCUUCGGCCGGUGGGCGUUGACCCACAUCGCCGCCGCCGGGAUCCCACUGGACGACCAUCUGCGGACGGCCCUCGUUGACCUCCACGCCAAAUGCGGGGACAUCGACGGGGCGUUCCGGCUCUUCCGAGGAUUGACGCUCAGGGACGUGGUCUCCUACAGCGCGAUGAUCGUCGGCUGCGGGAUUAACGGCAGGUCAACCGAGGCCAUCUCCCUGUACGGGGAGAUGGGGGAGGAGGGGAUCUCCCCCAACGCCGUCACCUUCGUUGGGUUGCUCGCGGCGUACAGCCAUGCGGGGAUGGUGGAAGAAGGCUGCCGGUGCUUCGCCGGCAUGGCGGCGGAGCACGGGAUCUCUCCGACGGUGGACCACUACGCCAUCAUCGUCGACCUCCUCGGCAGGGCCGGCCGGCUGGAGGAGGCCUACAACGUGGCCUGCCGCAUGCCGGUGGCGCCGCACGCUGGCGUGUGGGGGGCUCUGCUGCUCGCCUGCCGGCUGCACGGUGGCGUGGAGCUCGGCGAGGUUGCCGCCCGCCGCUGCUCCGAGCUCGAGCCGGAUUCAGCCGCCCACCUCGUCGUCCUGGCUAAUAUCUACGCCGCCGCCGGCAGAUGGGACGAGGCCAGGGCCCUGUGGACUGCCAUGGAAGAGGGGGGGGUCACCAAGGUACGUGGGUGCAGUUGGACGGAGUCCAGUUGA